CUUAGACUUCUUCAGUUUGGCUUCCAGGGGUACUGUAGGAAGACAUCAGUGCAAGAUUUUAUUUCUGAAGAUGAUAAAUGUCACUGAUAUUAUGAAAAGCGAGAGCUAUAAAGGAGUAGAGUAAACUAAAAAUUGUGUAUUUUUGUACUAAUAUACACAUCAGCUAUAAAGCUUCAAACCACUCCACACAUGAAAGAUUCAAGUGAUAAUCAAGUUUACUAUCCUUUAUAUUUUAUUGUCAUAUUCAUUUACUGAAAUUCCACUACUACAACAAGAUUAGAAAUAUCAUAUACAUAGAAUAUAGGCUACAAACUCAAUAAGUUUUUCUACUAAAUAUUGUAAUUUUUAAUAGCUUAAAGGUGUAUUUAAAAUACAGAUAUACAUGAUAUCACGAGUUAUACAAUACUUCACUAAUGUCGAAGAUACCCAAGCCUCCAACAGUGACGGUGGUGGUUAAGAACCUGCCAGUAGGGACAACUGAGGAUCAACUGCGAUCACUCUGUGAAAACUUUGGAGGAAUUGUUGAAGUUGAGAUUCCAAACAGAGUAGUAUUCUUCACUAAGUUUAUCUUUGGGUUUGUGCGAUUUGUGAGUUUAGAUGCAGCUCUGAAUGCCGUAAAGAAACUCAAUGGUCUAGUGGUACAGCGGCGUAGGAUUACUGCCGAGGUGGCCCGCAGUCACUGGCGCAACACCAAUGAAAAGACAGUCUUACAUGAGGCUGCACUCGGUGAUGAAGAGAAAGAUGAGGCAGGCCCAGCCCUAUCUGAGGAUGAGCUUGAUGCCAUCAUCAUGGACAUGUGUCACCAACAGUGGCAGCAACACCGACGCAGACAAAGACAUGAAGAUCUGCCAUCGUUUGGUAAAAUCAUGGAGAUAUUGUCCAGUCUGCCUACUAAUAAAGAUGAGAACUUCGUGACUGAAGAUAAGUUUUCACUCCAAGAUGAAGCUUACUAAUUCAUAAGAACAUAAGAACAUAAGAAAGGAGGAACACUGCAGGAGGCCUGUUGGCCCAUACUAUGGCAGGUCCUUUACAAUUCAUCCCACUAACAAAACAUUUGCCCAACCCAAUUUUCAAUGCUACCCAAGAAAUAAGCUCUGAUGUGCAAGUCCCACUCAAAUCCAACCCCUACAACUCAUGUACUUAUCCAACCUAAAUUUGAAACUACCCAAGGUCCUAGCCUCAAUAACCCAACUAGGUAGACUGUUCCACUCAUCAACUACCCUAUUUCCAAACCAAUACUUUCCUAUGUCCUUUCUAAAUCUAAACUUAUCUAAUUUAAAUCCAUUACUGCGGGUUCUCUCUUGGAGUGAUAUCCUCAAGACCUUAUUAAUAUCCCCUUUAUUAAUACCUGUCUUCUACUUCUAUCAGGUCUCCCCUCAUUCUUCGUCUAACAAGUGAAUGUAACUCAAGAGUCUUCAAUCUUUCUUCAUAAGGAAGAUUUCUAAUGCUAUGUAUUAAUUUAGUCAUCCUACGCUGAAUGUUUUCUAACGAAUUUAUGUCCAUUCUAUAAUAUGAAGACCAGAAUUGAGCUGCAUAAUCUAGGUGAGGCGUUACUAAUGAUGUAUAAAGCUGCAGUAUGACUUCUGGACUUCUGUUGCUUACACUUCUUGAUAUAAAUCCCAGUAAUCUAU